AUGACCACUUACAACGAAUAUAUGACUGUCUAUCAACUCGAUAAAUGUUAUUACACUGGAAGCAACACUUAUACUAAAUAUGUCAAAGAUGGCAAAAAAACCAGACGUUAUUCAUCAAACAAUUGUGACAAUUGGGAUGAUCAAGGUGUUUUUGAGCUUGAUAACAAUCAAUUCUUUGUCAAAAACCUCCCAGAAUACUCAGCAGUUGUUUAUUCAUACCUCGAUGCAGAACACUGCGCCAUCAAAGGAAGUGGACCAUAUCCAAUGGAAAUGUUUAUAAAACCUGGUUGUGUAAAAACUUCAGAGACAACUUCAUCAAAAUCAGAAUUUGUAGAUGGGUGGUUUAUUAAAAACAUUUAUGAUGAAUCUGAGAUAUGUGAUGGAACCCCUUCUAAUGUCGUGAAAAAGGGAUUGGGAAUAUGCUUUACAGAUGAAGAUGGAUUAUAUUACACAAUCAGAGACUCUGCUAUGACAUUAUCUUUUCUCUUAGUUGCGGUCUUGGCCUUUUUAUUCUAA